AUGUCGAAUGCAAAGGAACGCAAACAUGCUAAGAAAAUGAGAAAUCAGCCCACGAAUGUAACCUUAUCCUCGGGUUUCGAGCCCGAGAGAGGCCAGAAACUUCAUAAUGGAGGCGGGAGGCCUUGGCACUCACAGAGAUCAGAGCCUCACGCUGGAGCUUUACGACAGCGACAUGGCCGAGGGGCCCAGCAGGCAGCCGAACCCGACAGCAGCCAGCAGUCCUCGUCCACGGUCCUGUUCAAGAAGAAGGGUGGCUGGAAAGCGGGGCCCGAGGGCACGUCUCAGGAGAUCCCCAAGUAUCUGACUGCGGCCACAUUCGCGCGCGCCCGAGCAGCUGAGAUCCGUGCCAUGCUGACCGCCGUGACCCAGAAGUCGUCCAACUCCCUUGUCUUCCAGACCCUGCCACGACACAUGAGGCGCAGAGCCAUGAGUCAUGACGUCAAACGCUUACCCCGGCGGCUGCAGGAGCUGGCCCGGAAGGAGGCGGAGAAAGCUGUGCACCAGAAAAAAGAACACUCCAGAAACAAGUGCCACAGGGCUCGGCGCUGCCACACUGACCGCGUGCUGGAGUUCAACCGGCGGCAGAGAAGGAACCUGUGGCUGGAGACGCACAUCUGGCACGCCAAGCGCUUCCACAUGGUGAAGCGGUGGGGCUACUGCCUGGGCGAGCGGCCCACGGCCAAGAGCCACCGGGCCAGCUACCGGGCCAUGAGCAGUCGCUGUGUCCUGCAGGAUCUGUCCUACUACUGCUGCGUGGAGGUGCGGGGUGCCGAGGAAGCUGUCCUGCAGUCACUGUCACCCCUGUGCAACACGGACACAGGACGGACAUUUGCAGCCGUGCACUGCUUGUCUGGAAGGUGCCAAGGCAGCCUCACCCUCUACCGGGCACAUCGGUACCCCCAGGAAACACUGGGCCCAGUUACCUUCCUUUGGAGGCCUGCAAGCUGCCCCGGGGACAGCUCUGAGACCCGACAGCUGUGGAUCUGGUUUCAUCCAGCUCUCAAGCAGGAUGUUCUAGAGGAGGUCCGGGUCGCGUGCCAGUGCUCGGAGCCCGUCCAGCCCCCUGCCUGCAGCCCUGAUGCCCCCCCAACACAGGCACCUGACGGCCGCCACAUGGAGCCGCCUACAGAGAGGCCUGGCAGGAAAAGGAAGCGGAGGGACGAGGGUGAGGACAGCCGUGCUGCCAAGAAGAUCUGCGGCGACGGGACACGGGCACCUCACGAGCCCCGCUCCUGGGUCUCACCGGUCACAGGCAUCACUGUCAGCGACCUGACGCUGGAGCUGAACAGAUUCCGGCUCAUUGGUCCCCUGUCCCAUCGUGUCCUCACUGAGGCCUUGAAGCCGGCGCCUGUCCACUCUGGGUCCGAGGAGGCCGAGCAGACGCCGCACGGAUGGUGGGCUGCCGCCUGCGGGAAGCCAGCUGAACUGGCCCUGCACCGCACACAAGGAGCUGUGUUCCAGCUGCUGGGAAGCAUCGCAUCACCUGCAGAGCUUCCCCCAGGUAUGGUUCUAGGACUGACAGUGGGGGAUCCACGAUUAAACUUGCCUCAAAAGAGGUCCAAAGUGGUGCCCGGCCCGGAAGACUGCCAAGAUCAGGAGAAGCUGAGAGAGCUGCGUCUGGGGGCCGUGCCUGCCACGUGUGCCAGCAGCUUCCUCUGGGACCAGGACAUCUGCAGGAGUGUCACCGAGAAUAAACUCUCGGAUCAGGACUUGAACCAGAGGAGGAGUGAGCUGCUGGUGCCCGGCUCGCCACUCUUUCUGGGGCCACGGGAGUCCAAGAUCCCCAUCCUGGUGGUCCAGCAGCCUGGGAAGGUGGCUGGUGACGACUGCCGUGGCUGGGGCAGUGGCUGGGACAUCCUGCUUCCGAAGGGCUGGGGCAUGGCUUUCUGGAUCCCCUUGAUCUAUCGGGGCGCCCGCGUCGGAGGUUUGAAGGAGUCACUGGUGCAUUCUCAGUACAUGCGGUCCCCUAGUGUCCCUGGGGACUGCCCAGACUGUCCUGCAGGGGUUCGUUUUGCCCAGGAGCAAGCCAAGGAGCUUCUGGAAAAGUACCAAAGACGGCCUCCUGCUAAGCGCCCCAACUUUGUAAAGCUGGGCACGCUGGCACCAUUCCGUUGCCCCUGGGAGCAGCUAACCCAGGAGUGGGCAGCACGGGGUGUUGCCCAAGAGACAGCAGGGGCAGGUUCCUGCCCGGAGCAUGCAGGGAAAGACGCAGGAGGAGCCUCCCAGCCACAAGAGUCUGGCCAGGAAGCCAGUGAUGGCACAGCCAAGGCCGUCCAGCAGCCUGCGGAAUCAGCAGCCACAGAGGGCCCAGUCCUAGAGAGGACUAACAGCUUCUGUGUCCUCAGGAGCAGGUCGUGCCUGAAGCAACUGUCGGUCUGGUGCGGACCCAGCUCUAGGAUCCGGGCCAGUUCAGGCGGGGAGUGCAGCAGGCAGCCACUCAACCCUGAAGCUCUCCUGGUCCUCUGCAGCCGCUUUCCUCAGGCCCUGGUGUGGGUCAGUGUCUUCCCGCUCCGAAAGGGGAGCCCCGAGCCCCACUCCAUGAUCUGCAUCCCAGCUGAGGAGGAUCUCCAGCGGCUGCGACAGGAUCGACUCUUUGGGGGGCCCCAGGAGCCCAAGCACAGUGACCCCUUCAAGAGCCACAUCCGUAAAGAGAAAGAGAAGAGGAGAGACAAGGGCCAGGCUGUGAGGGGCUCCACACUGGGACUGUGGCCGGCGCCACUGCCCUCUGUCAUGGCUCACGGCUCCCGCGUGCUCCUGGGCUUCGUCACACAGGGCGACUUCUCUAUGGCCGUGGGCCGCAGUGAGGCCCUGGGCUUCGUGAGCCUCACUGGCUUCCUGGACAUGCUGACCAGGCAGAUGGCUGCCGAGCGUGGGCUUGUGCUGCUUCGGGCUGCCAAGUCUCUGCAGUACCGGUUCGCCAGGGUCACCGUUGAGAUAUGACACUGCCCGGCUUGCUCUCAGCAUGGAGAGUGGAAAGCACCGCCCAAGAGGCACCAGGCAGGUGGACAAAAGGGUCACCUCAUCCCCCCAUCUCCCUGCCCCUGCAGUCCCCCUGGGGAACAUCAUUUGGCAUCAGACUUUUCAAGAAAUGUUUCUUCUUCGAGAUCAUUCUUGCUGCUUUCUCCUUGUCCCCCUUUUGGUUAUCAGGAACAAUGAGUUGGGGGAAAAA